CUAAGUAUUUUCCAGAAUUAUCUGCAUUACUUAACUUUCUUGUGCAUUAUUCAUUAUGCAAAAGACACUAUAAUCAGAUUGUUACUAAAAGUUUUUUUAUUAACCAAUUAAAAGCUAAUAAUUUAGUUUUUUUAGGUUUAGAAGAAACAGUAACUAAAAGAUUAAGACUCUCAGACGAUUUGAAAAAUGAUGUUUCUGAUUUUGGAGUUCAAGUAUAUUUUCUAGAUCUGGCAUGCAAGAGUUUGUUAAAGAGAAUUGAAGAGCUAGAAAAUUUUAAUAGGCAAUUAGUAUAUGAAAAUGGAGUAUUAAAAGAAAGAUUAAAAGAACGAUUUAUUGACCAGCAAGAUUGUAUUGAGUCUAUAAUAGCAAUUGUUAAAAAGGAAUGA